CCGCCCGCAGACCGCCACUCCAUCGCUGCGAGCCCAGGCACGCGCACGCGCCGCGCACCCGCGAUAUUCGCUCCGAUACUAUAUUACAAAGUGACUGAUUAGUGUAAUAAACAUAAUCACGUACCGAUUGAAGCAGUGUCUUCAUUGAGUUAAACAACUGAUAUUUUAAUUGAUACGUCUUUUUGUUAACAUUUUCUCCUAUAAACGGACAAGUGCAUUGAGUAAGUGGAGAAGGCUACAUUCCAAACCGGUGUCGUUCUUUAAUGGACGAGGUGUAUACUACUCUGUGUGUGUUUUAGUAGUUAUCGAGGUGGUGACUGGUUCGGUGUUCGUUGUGUAUAGCUUUUCCAAGUAAACAGUGAUACAGAGAGAGAACCGUGGACUAGAAACUUGUGCAAACACCUCAGUGUAGAGUUCCCUGGCCAUAAUGUGAUAGUGCCAACAAACACUGAGAAGUAUUCUGAAGAAAAAUGGCUCGCGGAACGCUGAGUGAAAACGAGCGUCACUGUUUAGAUGCAGGCGCAAAAAAUCAAUCAGAACGUCUCCAGGAGUCGGAAAAAACACUUAGUGACUGUAAAUCGAACAGACUUAGAGUUCGCUUCCUGGAUGAGGAAGGAAAAACAGAACGGAUGGUCAGUGCUGACGAGGUCGACUGUGCAGUGACACGGGUCAAGAAGAUACACAUUCUUAAGAACAGAAGUUCUAGUGAAACGAGCAUUUUGCUGAGGAACCCGUCUCUCAUGAAGAGGCGCUCCAGUUCCGAACGUCGGUUCAGCGAUGGGUUUACAGAUAAUAUAAACAAUAACAACCUGAAUGAGAACCUGAACGGCAGAAUCAAAACGACCGAGUUUGACAAAACAGAUAAGACUGAAGAAAAUGAUCAAACCAAAGAAGUAAAUGGUCAGAAUUUUAAGAAGAACUGUAAUGUAUACAGUGUAAACCAGGCCAAGACCCUGACUCCAGAGAAGAAAAAGUCGUUACCACUGACUAUGCCGAGACUCAUAGGCCACAAAAUCCAGGAAAAUGGUCAGACCCGGUCGAUACUACCAGCCGAAGGUUGUUUAGCUGAUGCUGCAUCUGGCAAAGACUUCACAGCGCGGGCUAUUGGUCGGUUAUCUCGAGGAAUCGGGAAGCUGCUCCGUCGCACAAACAGUGUGCGCAUCAGUGAUCCCGAUCCUGUGUACAAAGUGGCGUAUCUUGGAAAUGUCCUCACCGGCUGGGCUAGAGGAGCAGUAUGCAAACACGAGAAGUAAAUGUUUCAAUUUAAAUAAAUACAUCGAACAAAGCGAAAGGAAUGUCGAUGUUAAUCAGUAAGAGACUUUCGUUUUAGACGCAUCUGUCAUGCGUCGCUGUGCCCGGUAAUUGGCGAGAUAUCCGAAACGUUCGGGGAGAAACUGAACUAGCGUUAUCAUCAGAUGAUGCUGCAGAUUGCCGCAGUUUCAAAAUAUGUUUAUUGAAUGAUAAUGCGUACUUGAAAAAAGUGGGUGAAGAUCGUGCACUAUUUGAACAGGUGCUCAUAUUUAUUAUACGAUGCAAGCUAGGAGUUUUGGGAAUCGAAGCAAGUUCGCGGUAAAAUGGCUCGGAGAAUCAGAGCUCAAGUUUCUUCCCACGUGACCCACGUGACAUGUGAAUGGAAAUCUCGUCUUGACAACAAUCAAGUCAAAUUGUUUUACGUAUUUUACUACUUUAUUGCUUUUUUUCUUGUUAUCAUUUUGUAAAAUCAAUAAAUUGUUUUAUUAUGAUUAUUAUCCUCAUUCGUUAUAUUAUUCUAAUUGGAAACACUUAUAUCUUUUUGUAUAUUAUUGCCAAUCUAUGAUUAUUACCAACAAAACAAAAAUCCACCCAGUGAUUAAAGACGAUAAACGAAAUAGGUUGUUAGAACCGACAAAGAAAGUAAAUUUCAAAUUCGUAUGUACCAAAGAAAGUAGUAGUCGAUGAAGUGAACAUA